AUGACUGUGCCUUCAAAAGACCGCAUUGAGCCGGGCUCUUUCAACGUCCCCGUCGGCUCAUUCCCCCCGACCUGCUCGUCCACCUCGGUCGACGCCGACAAGGUCGCCUCCGACAUAAUCGCCCAGCUGAACGCCGCCUCCGCAAAGCAAGACUACGCCGCGCUGUCCCAGCUGUUCUUAGAAGACGGCUUCUGGCGCGACCAUCUCGCCAUAUCAUUCGAGUUUCGCACCAUCAAAGGCCGCCAGAACAUUGCCGCCUUCCUCGAGGAACACCACCAGGGCCCGGUGCAGCUCGCGUUGGACCGCUCGUCCGCCUUGCGCGCUCCGCACGUCGGCCCUAUUGACGCCUUUGGCGAUGUUACCGGCAUCGAGUUCUUCGUCACUGUCACCACGGGGAUCGGCUCCGGCAGGGGUGUCGUCCGUCUGGCGGAGCCGCAGCCGGGCGACUGGAAGAUCUUCACCGUCUUUACCUCCUUGCAGGAGCUCAAGGACAUCCCCGAGAACGUGGACCGCCGUCGCCCCGUCGGCGUCCAGCACGGCACGCAGCCAGACCGCAGCAACUGGCAGGAUCGUCGCACGGCCAAUGCGAACCUCGAGGGCGAGGAGCCCCCUGUCCUGAUCAUCGGCGCCGGCCAAGCGGGGCUCUCGAUCGCCGCGCGCCUCAGAAUGCUCAACGUUGAUGCCCUCGUCAUCGACCGCGAGGACCGCAUCGGCGACAACUGGCGCCGCCGCUACCACCAGCUGGUGCUGCACGACCCGGUGUGGUUCGACCACCUGCCGUACCUCCCGUUCCCGUCGACGUGGCCGGUGUUCACGCCCAAGGACAAGCUGGCCGAGUUCCUGGCGUGCUACGCGCAGCUGCUGGAGCUGAACGUGUGGACGCGCACGACGCUGGGGGCGGCCACGUACAGCGACAAGACGCAGCGGUGGACGAUCGAGCUGCAGCAGCGCAGCGAGGACGGGAGCAGCACCACCGUCCGCGUCGUGCACCCGCGGCACGUCAUCCAGGCGACCGGCCACUCGGGGGAGAAGAACAUGCCCGUCAUCCGCGGCAUGGACAGCUUCCGCGGCGCGCGCCUGUGCCACAGCUCCGAGUUCCCGGGCGCCGCGGCGGACGGGCGCGGCCGCACCGCGGUCGUGGUGGGCAGCUGCAACAGCGGGCACGACAUCGCGCAGGACUACUAUGAGCACGGGUACGACGUCACGAUGGUGCAGCGCAGCUCGACGUGCGUGGUGUCGUCGUCGGCCAUCACGGACAUCGGGCUGAAGGGGCUCUACGAGGAGGGCGGCCCGCCCGUCGAGGAUGCCGACCUGUUCCUGUGGAGCAUCCCGUCCGAGCUGUUCAAGGCGCAGCAGGUCAAGGUGACGGCCGUGCAGAACGCGCACGACCGCGCCACGCUCGACGGGCUGGCGGCGGCCGGGUUCGAGGUCGACCGCGGGCCCGACGACGCCGGCCUGCUCAUGAAGUACCUGCAGCGCGGCGGCGGGUACUACAUCGACGUCGGGGCGAGCCGGCUGAUCGCCGACGGCAAGAUCCGCGUCAAGCAGGGGGUGGAAAUCAGCGAGGUCGUGCCGCACGGGCUGCGCUUCGAGGACGGGACGGAGCUGGCGGCCGACGAGAUCGUCUUUGCGACGGGGUACCAGAACAUGCGCACGCAGGCGCGCGCGCUGUUCGGCGAUGCGGUCGCCGACCGCGUCGACGAUGUCUGGGGCCUGGACGCGGAGGGCGAGAUGCGCACUAUGUGGCGGCGCAGUGGGCACCCGGGGCUGUGGUUUAUGGGCGGGAACCUGGCGCUGUGUCGGUAUUAUUCGCGACUGCUCGCGAUGCAGAUCAAGCUGACGCUGCCGAGGAUGGCUUAG